UGUCUGUCUGUUCGUCUCAAGUGAACUUCAUUUCCUGUGUAAACUUACGAGUCCUGUGACAAGGAAAGUUGACAGACGAUGACAGUUCGGUGGAUUUGCAUGAGAUAAUACACUGGACAACACUCAUUAACCUCCAAGCCAUGCUGAAAAAGGAGAAUCUGCGAAAAAAUUUCCUCAGAGUGAAACAAAUAGCAGACCAAAAUUUGGGAAGGGCAGAGAAGUCCGAAGUUUUGUCUGAAGAUCUCCAAACAGUAGAAAAACGAGUAGAAUUAGUUAAAACAGUAUGUCAAUCCACAAGCAAGAAGAUCGCGGGCUGUCUACAGGGGCAGGGAACAGACUACGAGAAGAGACUGAGAAAGUUACCUGAGAAUACUCUUGGUCUUGGGAUGAUCGAAAGUGGUACUCUACUUGGCACAGACUCCGUUAUGGGAACCAUGUUUCAGACUUGUGGAGAGUGUCAGACCACACUGGCCAAAGAACUCCUGCAGUUUGAGGUGGAUGUUGAGCAAAAUGUUCUAGCCCCCUUGCAAGAAAUUUUAGAUGUUGAAAUUCCUGCCAUAACAAAGUGUAAGAAACAGUUGUCUAAGUUAACUCUAGACAUGGACUCCUGUAAAGGCAGAUGGAACCAGGCUGUCAAACAAACUCAAGUACAUGGAGCAAACAUGGCGGCUGUGUCAGCAAAGGCAGACCAGCUCAAGGAAGAGUACGAAGAGUCAUGCAAUAAAAUGUAUCAGGCCAGGGAUAAUCUAGCCACAGAAAUGUUCAACUUUGUCGCAAAAGAAGCUGAGCACAGUAGUAAAUUAAUAGCAAUAUUAGAAGCUCAACGAGCAUAUCACAAAAAAGCCCUGGAGGCUUUAGAACAAGCUAUACCCAAGUUGAAUGAAGCACUUGAGUGUAACCCACUGAAGCCAGUGUAUGGGGUUCCCUUGGAGGAGCACCUGAGGGUAACAGGCAGGGAUAUUGCUCUAGUACUGGAGGUCUGUGUGAUCACCCUCAUAGAGGGCGGUCUAGAUGAGGAGGGCUUAUUUCGAAUAGCAGGGAUGGCUUCAAAAGUCAAGAAAUUAAGGAAUGCUUUUGAUGCCAAUGUGAUAGACAUGGAGGAGUAUGCCCAAGAUUUACACACAGUAGCAGGUGCUCUGAAACAGUAUCUCCGUGAGCUUCCUGAACCCCUUCUCACAACACAACUCUACCCUGAUAUCAUUCAGGCGGCCAAACUGCCACAAGAUCAAAGAUUGCAACAGUUAUGGUCAGCAGUUAGGAAAUUACCUGAACAAAACUACAAUAAUUUUAGGUAUUUAAUUAAAUUUUUGGCUAAGUUAGCUGAAAAAUCUGAUGAGAAUAAGAUGACCCCCAGCAACAUAGCCAUUGUAAUUGGACCAAAUCUUCUCUGGUCAGAAGGAGAUAAUGGCCCAAACAUGGUGACGAGUGGGACCAUAAGUAACAUGAUAGAACUGUUCAUCACACAUUGUGACUGGUUCUUUCCAGAAGCUGUUGACUUUCAUCAUACUAUACGUGGGACUGCUCCCCCCAAGUCUCCGGGGGUCAGGGAGUCACAAUCACCUGUCACUGCUACUGUACUCCCCCUAGUCCAGGCUCCACAGCAUGGGUCUGUUAGUCAGGCAUGUGAAAUGGCUUGUAUGACUGCAAUGGGAGCCAUAUCUUCCCGCAUCACCUCUCUGUCUGAUGUUUCUAACGAGGACCAGAAAACCCCCUCCCAGAGGUCAGCCAGUGUAUCAGAUGAUGACGUCACGUCCAGCUCUGAAGGUGAAAUAUCACGGCCUGUUGGUCAGUUUGGGUGUGCCUCUUUCCGCAACAGUAGUGGUUUUCCCUCAAGUAGUACUAACCUAAUUCAUACUCCUAAGUUUAAUGCCGAUGAAGUACGGGGAAGGCGAGGAAACUCUGAGAGGUGCCAGUCUGUACCGCCCCAGAGCGAGGCGGCUAAAGAUCUCCACAAUGAUGUCUAUAACACUAUGUUUGCUUUGCAUUCACUGGGUGGGGACAAAAAUGUGUCAGACUAUCGAACCAAAGUUCGAGAUUUGUGGGAUGGCCACAUGCAAAGACCAGCUUCUGCAGUUGUUAGAAAAAAUAGCAGUACAGAGAGUGGAAGCAGGAUAGCAGGAAAGCCCCGCCGCUGUGUAAGCCAAGAGGUAGAAUUCGGAACCAUGGCUUCAUUUAUGGUAAACAAAAGGAGUAGUUCUGAUUUGUCGGAAUUGGAUCAAUCCAUGACCAGUCAGGAGGGUCCAGACUCCAAUACUCCAGAUGUGCCUACCACCCCACCUAACCAAGUGGAGCAUAGAAUAAUCAAUGAUUCAGAGUAUGCUGAGGUUUCAAAAGUUCAAAAGAGGGUUCCUAGGAAACCUGCACCCCCACCCCCAGAUCGUCCAAAUCUGCCAGAGCGUCCGUAUAGCAUUGCUGUUACAGCUCAAGCAAGAACCCCAGCCGCUCAAUCACAGACGUGGCCAAGGCAAAUGGAGACCUCACCAGGAGAUACCGUGCCAAAUCAGGAGCAGACCAGACCAAAAACACACCCUGAAAAACCUCCACCCCCAGAGAAACCACCCCAUAACCCCCCACAGAGGUCAGCAACAAUAAGUGAGAGACAUUCUCAUGCUGACAGGCCCACUGUUCCUCCUCCAGAGAGACCCAAAGUUCCACCCCCCGCUGUACCAAACCACCAGCGAUCAGCAUCCACCGGCACACCCGGACAGUUUGGACCACCGGUCUCCAACUUACCAGAAAUUGAUCAAGGUAGACUAGCCGCUAAUUCUUAUGAAUCCCUAGAUAAGCAAGGAUCUGGUAAUCUACUAACUCCUGAUGGGCGACUUCAAUCCUCGUCCAAUGAGCAUUUGUCUUCUAACCGCUUACAUCAAGGUAGUGCAAGGCCUCAGCGCCCCCAGCCCCCAGUAAUGCCUCACAAGGACCCUCCCAAUCCUACUAUAGCCACUCAAGAUGAGGAAACUCAUUUGUAAUGUAAACAUUGUAAUGAAUGUGAUAUUUUUUCAAGCACUGAUACUUUGUCCCCUUCAAUAGGCUUUCAACUUUUCAUUCAAGAAUCAAAUCCCUACUGCUUGCCAAUUCAGCAUGAAAUGUUGCAAUGCUAUGCACAUUACCCAGUAUUAGCGUUGUUGUAAAUCAUUCAUAUUUAUGAUACUCGGUUUUGUGAUCAUGUGCAGCUCUUAGAGGUACAUCAGAUGUACAUUGUACCAGCUUUCUUUUUUUUUUUUUUUGGAUUUGAGCAAUAUUUUUUUUUCUACAAAAGUUGUUUACUGUAUUUGUGAAUGAAUUAAUACUUAUGGUAGUUGUUGUCCGUUUACCUCCAAUCUUUUAAAUAUUUUAAUUUUACAUACUAGGUAAUCAAUGUACGUAAACAUUAUAAAUAAUAUAUAUAUAUAUAUGUUUUAGUAGCUGAUUGAUCAGGCCAGCAGCAAUCUGUCUGUUGAAAUAUAGUCACUAAUACAUGUAUAGCUAAUUGACGUUAGAGCGAUUUACAUAUAGGCCAGGUUAUUGCACUACCUUAGCAUUAGGGCCAGGGAUAAAACUUAGUUUAUUUUAUGGUGUUAAUGUCAUUACUGCAGCAUACACAAUUGCAUGAGACACAUUUUAAUAACAUGCUUGCCUAAUGUAAAGCUGAACCAUAGAAUCAGUAAUGUUUAUAGUUUACAUGUAUAUGUCUUUAAUAUUUAGUAGUCCCUUUAUUUAUGUAUUUUGCAAACUUUGCUUUAAAUUGUACCUACAGAUUAUUACUUUUUCUUGCAUAUAUACCAGUGUGUAAUUUGUACCAAAUAUGCCAUUUUUUCAUUUAAUAAUCAGACUGAAGAUAACUAUUUAUAUAUAUAGCUAGUAAUGAUGAUGAAUUGAUUCGUACUUAUAACUAAUACAUGUACUUAAAAAUAGUCUUAAAUGUAAAUAUUAGAUUGCGUGUAAACAUUAUGAUUAUAAUUUAAAAAGGCAAGUCUGGGAAUACUACAGAUGCAGAAAUCCAAAAGCUUUACAUAAUUAAAGUACAUGUAUUGAAAUGUAAAAAUAUUAUGUAGAACAUGUGUGUUUUAUAACUCUAUUAUUUAAUUUUUGUCUUCUU